GUGAUACGUUUGGAUGCGGUACCAGCUGUUUCUGUCUGUACACACGGCUGUACAUGUGCAUACGGAGCUGCCAAGUUUACUACAAACACAUUUGCAGACUGAAGGUGGAUCCAAAAAGUUGCAGCUAUGUCAGACUUCAGGAUCAGAGAGCUGCAGUCAGAAGACUGCAGGGAGCUGGUCAACAUGAUCAAGGAGUUAGCAGAGUUUGAAGGACUUCCAGAGCAAGUCAAGAUCACAGAAGAAACCCUAAGGAGAGAUGGAUUUGGUGACCGCCCUUUCUACCACUGUCUGAUUGCCGAGGUUCCUAAUAAGGACAGUCAAGAUGGACCCUGGCUGACAGUGGGCUAUGCCAUGUACUUCUUUAGUUAUGGCACAUGGGUGGGAAGAAUGAUGUAUUUAGAGGACCUGUAUGUUAAACCUCAAUACAGAGGCAAAGGAAUAGGAACGUCCAUGAUGACCAAAGUUGCUGAGAUUGGAGUAGAAAAUGACUGUAACCGGAUGCAGUGGGUGGUUCUGAACUGGAACCAGGCGGCGAUUGACUUCUACAAGAAACACGACAGUAUCGACCUGACCAGCGACGAGAACUGGCACCUGUUUCGCAUGGAGAGAGAAGAACUUCGGAAGUUUGCGGUGCUUCAUUACCAAACUGUUGCUAAAGGCUGAUAACAUAUACAUUUACUUUCAAGUAUGGAAGUACUGUUUUGGGUGACUGAGUUGUGGGUUUGUUUGUACUGAUAGCUUCAGUUGCAUGGUGGGUGGAAGUAGCCUCCUUUUUAGGCGUUCCUGGAUCAGCCUUUUUUUUUGGGGGGGGGGGG